ACGCCAGUCUUCGUCCAAUAAAGUUGUGUGUUUAGUGAUCGAACUGCGGAUAGAAUUUUGUGUUCGUUGUUGUGAAUUUUAUAGAUAUUUUUUUAAAUGCAUUUCUUAAAUGUAACAUCGAUAAACAACGCCUCCAAAUGGAAUUGAGAGGAGGUAGAGGUUCAACGUUUGAGUUCGAGUGACGUGCUCGAGUGUUAUCGAUAAAACAAAAUGGAUUUGGAUUGUAACUCGACGAUGGACACCAUUUACCCACGAGAGGCGACCAUCAUGGCGGCCGCCUGCGCCUGCAUAUUCAGUGUAGUUGGAGUAUUAGGUAACCUCAUAACGACAGUGGCUCUCAUGAUGCAUCCCAAGCUACGCGGUCACGUCACCACCAUGUUCGUUCUCUCUCUCUGCGUGUCUGAUCUUCUGUUCUGCAGCAUCAACUUGCCCCUCACCGCCAGCCGGUAUAUAAAACAGCAGUGGGUGUUGGGUCCGCGGCUAUGUCAGAUGUUCGCCUUCGUGUUCUAUGGGAACGAGGCCGUGUCGCUCCUGUCCAUGGUGGCCAUAACGAUUAACAGGUACACUCUGAUAGCGUACUACGACAUGUACUCUCAGAUCUAUACGACUACGAAGAUUUGGAUCCAACUCCUCUUGAUAUGGCUGGUUUCCUUCGGUCUAAUGGUGCCCCCAUUGCUCGGUAUCUGGGGCCAACUGGGCCUAGACCCCAACACAUUUUCCUGUACCAUACUCCCCAAAGACGACCGGAGUCCUAAGAAGUACCUGUUCGUGUUCGGGUUCGCGUUGCCGUGCGUGGUGAUCAUAGUGUCGUACAGCUGCAUCUACUGGAGAGUCAGAGAGAGCAAGCGCAAGCUGGAAGGACGCAGGUGUGUAUGUGGCAAACUAAGCGGACAAACGGCCAGAGAGAAGGAAGAGGACUCGCGCCUGACGACGUUGAUGCUAACAAUAUUCCUGUGCUUCCUCGCCUGUUUCCUCCCGCUGAUGAUCAUGAACGUGUCGGACGACGGCAUCCGCUACCCCUGGCUGCACAUCAUAGCCUCCAUACUGGCGUGGGCGUCCAGUGUCAUCAACCCGCUGAUAUACGCCGCGACCAAUAGACAAUACAGAGCGGCGUACGGCAAUCUGUUGAGGUUCUGCAAGAACAACCCCGUAGCUCGCAGGACGACGUGGGGUAGCAGGACGGUCGGCCAUUCCUCCAACUCGCCGCACUACGUCGACAAACGGAACCCCGCUAAGGAUAAGCCGACGAAACUAUAAGACAUUGACUGAGUACGAUUAGACUGGGACCACUCGCCUUACGGAGCUUACUUUAGUUUCGUAGAUAAUAUACGAUAUAUUGAAGUCAAGGAAAUAUGUAAAUAUACGUUGUACAUAAUAUGAUAAGUGGUACUUAUGCGAUACCAAAGUAAUUUAUUGAAAUAGUCACACAGAUUAUAACAUUCACGGUAAGUUGUGUCGAGUGCAGCAGGCUGGCGCGAGAUGCUUAUGAUGGACCGUCUUUAUUCCACAAGAAAUAUCGCUCAGAACAAGUUUUUCAUUAAUUACAAUAAAACUAAUUAAUUUCUUACACUUCUUUCUAAAACCAUAAAAAAAAUU